GAUGGGGGGGAUCUCGGGGCGGGGCAGGGCUCGAGGAGCGGGGGAAGGGGACCGGCUCCCGCCGGGGUCCAGGCGGACGGAGCUAUGGCUGCGGCCAGGGCACUGGGGCCCCCCCGACCGAACCUCCAUUCUGCCCUCUGGGUCCUGAUUCUGAAGCCCCUGGCACUGCCUCUGCUGCUGCCCCAAGUAACCCCCCUGGGUGACGCCUCCACAGACUUGCCCCUCUUGGAGCUGCUGGGUCACUACUGCCACCUGCUCUCCACCUUCUCCAAUCUCACAGGUCCCUACUGCAAUGCCACCACUGACCAGAUUGGGACGUGCUGGCCCCGCAGCGCUGCCGGGGCCUACGUGGAGAGACCCUGUCCCGAGUUCUUCAACGGUAUCAAGUACAACACCACGAGGAAUGCCUACCGAGAAUGCACAGGCAAUGGGACCUGGGCCUCGAGGAUCAAUUACUCCCAGUGUGAACCUAUCUUGGACGACAAGAGGAAGUAUGACGUGCACUACAAGAUAGCACUCGUCGUCAACUACCUGGGUCACUGCGUGUCCAUGGGGGCUCUCCUGGCUGCCUUCCUGCUCUUCCUUGGCCUGCAGAGCAUUCGCUGCCUCCGGAAUAUCAUUCACUGGAAUCUCAUCACGACUUUCAUCCUCCGGAACAUCCUCUGGUUCCUCCUGCAGCUGAUCGACCACACGGUCCAUGAGAACAACGAGGCUUGGUGUCGAUGCAUCACCACCAUCUUCAACUACUUUGUGGUGACCAAUUUCUUCUGGAUGUUUGUUGAAGGCUGCUACCUACAUACAGCUAUUGUCAUGACCUACUCUACAGACAAGUUGAGGAAGUGGGUCUUCCUGUUCAUUGGAUGGUUCAUCCCCUGCCCCAUCAUCAUCGCCUGGGCCAUCGGCAAACUCUACUAUGAAGACGAGCAAUGCUGGUUUGGCAAAGAACCCGGGAACUAUGUUGACUACAUCUACCAAGGCCCAGUGAUUCUGGUGCUCCUGAUCAAUUUUGUUUUCCUGUUCAACAUUGUUAGAAUUUUGAUGACGAAGCUUCGAGCAUCUACCACUUCAGAGACGAUGCAAUACAGGAAGGCAGUAAAGGCAACUCUGGUCCUCUUGCCCCUCCUGGGCAUCACCUACAUGCUCUUUUUCGUCAACCCGGGUGAUGACGAUGUGUCCCAGAUUGUGUUCAUUUACUUCAAUUCCUUCCUGCAGUCCUUCCAGGGCUUCUUCGUUUCUGUGUUCUACUGCUUCCUGAAUGGAGAG